GGCGUACAAUCUACUUUUGCUCCUUGUGGCAAGCUGAAGAGCCUUCUGCUCCUGCUCCUGAGCGGCACUGCUGAAGACAAACCUUCAAGCUCUAAAGCUGUAUGAAAGCUGAAAAAUAGCUUGUUCUGGCGCUCAUGAUGGCGGCUGCCAACACGAGCACUUUCACGGGCUGCCAAGGGAGCUUCACCAGCACUGCUUUAAGAGCAACAAAGCAGGGAACCGGCAAUUGCAUUCGAUGGAAAGGCGACACUUGCCUUUGGACUCCACUCGGAGAGGCAGCAUUGCAACAAUUGGGGAGAAAGAGACAAGGCGCCAGGAUUGUUACUUCCUCUCCUCAGACCUGUCUACAAUGCACGCUUGGAGUGAAGAACUCAAUUGAAGCACAGGCUCUGUCACCAGGCUUAAGGACCACCAGGCGACGAGCGCUUAUCGCAGAGUCUCUAGUAGGCCGCGAGGCCCUAUCGAGGCCCCAUCAACCGUCAGCAGAAGGAGCGGCAUCGCAGUGUGAGACGCUGACAUCACAGGGCACCGAGCUGACCUCACAACAUGAUGCGCUCCCCUCAGAACGCUCUCGGAGAAGUCUCCUCCUAUUUGCUGCUGGGGCGCUCCUAAGCACACAGUUGAUACCCCCUGUAUUAGCUGAGGAGAGCAUAGCAUCACCUGCUCUGACCAGUCAGACAGUGUCAACGGAAACCAGCGCGGAAAGUGGAAGUAUCCGGAAAAAGUUAGAAGAAGCUAGGAAGGAAAGCAGCGCGGCAGCCUCAGAACCGGGGGCCGUGAGGAAGAAACUAGAUGCGGCGAGGAAGGAGGAAGCUAGUAAAGACGCGGUGAAGGUGGAGGUUUACAAGGACGAAAGGCGGCCGGUGGCCAAGGAUGAGGUGCUGGACGACUACGAGAAGAAGCUGCUGACAUACAACAGGAAGAUCCAGAAGCUGAACAACGCUCCGAGGGACUUCCCAGGGUUCAUCCGAGAAGGCUACGAUGUUCGGGUGGUGACGUCAUCAGAGUACAAGACUUCGGGCAGCGGGCUGCUGUACCGUGACUACGAGGAGGGCUCAGGGCCGCAGCCGGAGGAGGGUCAGCAGGUCAUAUUCCACUAUACAGGCUACAACGAAUCCGGGAAGCGGGUGGACAGCAGCUACCAGCAGAAUCGGCCUUCCGAAACCAGGAUCGGGAUCAACGGAAUGAUUCCCGGAUUCGAGGAAGGGGUCAAGACGAUGCGAGUGGGGGGCAAGCGAAGAGUGAUCGUGCCCCCAGACCUCGGACCCCCGACGGGACCCAGCACGUUCUUCAGCGCCAAGCAGUUUGAAGUGUUCGACAUUGAGUUGCUUGGAAUCAAGAACUGUAAACGCAGGCAAAUAGGCUUCUAUUCGGAUCUCGUUUGCGAUGACGUUGUCGCCGAGAUCCCGGCUGAGUUGAAAUGAUGAGCGGUUUAGCCCGCCCGCUCUGAGGACACGAAGCUACGAACAUUUUGCGAAAGCAGCUGCUUCGAAUGAUCCAAGUCGAUCACUUGCGAGCGCUUGUGUGAUAGGCACUGCUAAGCUUCCGUGAAAGCAAGGCACUGCUAAUGCGGUAACCCUGGUUGUGGAGGUAAACCUAAGUCGAGCAGAUUGAAGUGAAUGGUCCUAUUAUUAGCUUGUGGACCAUACAGCUAUUGAGCGGGUAGAUCAUUGUCCAAGAACACGCGAAGUCCAGAACAUGCGUGUCAUGAUCGUCUUGCAAGAUUGCUGCAACGUUG